UCAUCUACAAAAAUGGCCAGAGAGUAUAUAGUCAACUGUGAUUGCAAGUCACACAUGCACUAAGUUUCUAAAUUAAGUUUAGAGCUGUAGCAUACAAUUUUGUUUUUUGCAUGGCAAAAGUGUAUCCACACACACUUUCUUCUUCUACUUCAUCUAAACAAGAAGUAUUCACUGUUUGGAUGAAGUCUCUGAUUCUACACAGCCAUGGGUGCACUGUGUUUAAUUCGAGCGGCCGAGUUGUAUAUCGAGUCGAUAACUAUAAUCACAAAUGUAGCAGCCAAGUUUUUCUUAUGGAUAUCACAGGCAAAGUUCUGUUCACAAUAGUUAAGAAGAAAUUUACAGUUUUGGGGCGGUGGGAGGGUUACAGAGUUAGUGGCACGGAUAAGAGGAAGCCUGGAUUUCGCGUAAGAAAAAAACUGGGAAUUCUUGGAGCAUACACACACUUGGAAGUUGUGGUUGGUUUAGAUGUGAAUCAACCAUGUCAAUAUACCAUGGAAAAUCAAAGUUGCAAGUCAUCCUGCAAAAUAAUUGACAACUUCGGCGGACUUGUCGCAGAGGUAAAGAGAAAGAUAACGACAAGUGGAGUGAUUCUAGGUGAAGAUGUAUUGACAAUGGUGGUGGAGCCCUACAUGGAUCACUCUCUGGCUAUGGGGCUGCUUCUUGUUUUUGGUCUCAUCAACAAUAAGUUGUGAUUGCAAUCGAGUAGAUAUACUAACAGUGAAAAAGGAAAACCGGCUACCGUACAUGAAAAAUGAUGAGUUCAACCAUUUGAAUGUAACGAGAUAAAAUUACGUACUCAUCCAAACUUAUGGUGCUAAUAUUGAUUUAACUUUUGGUUGGUUAUUUGUGAUCAUAAUUGGAUGAUUAAGAUUGGUGAA